AUGGCUCUGAUAUCGACGCCUGGGAGCCGGCAAACUAUACUGCUUGGCCAGGGUUCAGAUAUCAUUGCAGCUCUGGGCCCGACACUCGAAGUCGCAGUGCAGUGCCAGCAGAUGCUGAGCGGCCUGUCGCUAUUCCUCUUCCUCCGAACCUACUUCGCCGUCUCGUGCCUCCUAUUCGCCAGUCGAAUCGUCGCCGUGCAAUCAGCGUUCGUGUCCCGGUUCAUGUUGCUCCAGACGGCGAUGUUGUCGAAAAGGUUCGGCCGGGCGGUAUGGAACUCACAGCCCAUCAGACGCUUGAGAAAGAAACUGCAAUUCGAGUUCUUCACCUUUGUCCUGGGCGGUGGUAACAGCCUCUGUCUCCUGUUGUUCUGGCCUGGGUGGUGGAUCCUUGGACUGAUGACCAUUACGGCAUGGCUGCGCAGUGGCUGA